AACGAGAACAAAUCACUUGUUUCCAUUGUUGACCAUCCAACCUAUAUUACUUGCAGAAGCAAAAGUCUUUGUUAACCCUGAAAUCCCCCUAUUUCCCCAAUUCGUUAGAAGCUGCAGGCCAUGGCAUCAGCUAAAAUCCCUGCGGUUUUUGCAUUAGUAUUCUGCAGCUGUGUGCUAUAUUGUUCUGCGCAAGGCGAUUCGAAUCUGACGGCUUACACGGUACUGGAACAGUACGGAUUUCCACCGGGUCUUUUGCCGACAAAUGUGAAAAGUUACAGCUUGAAUGAGGACGGAAGCUUCGAGAUUUAUUUUGAGGGUUCUUGCAGCUUCAGCCUGGAAUCGGGUUACAGUCUGAAAUACAGAGACCGCAUCACAGGGCACAUUUCGACGGGAUCUCUGAAGGAUUUGAAGGGCGUCAGUGUUAAGGUAAUGUUCUUCUGGCUCACCAUUGAUGGAAUUGUUCGCGAGGGGGAUAAUUUGGAGUUCUCUGUCGGAGUUGCUUCGGCUUCCUUUCCUGUUGAUAAUUUUAUUGAAUCUCCCCAGUGUGGCUGCGGGUUUGACUGUAAUGCCAUUCUCAGGGCCGAAGCCUAGAUCUGAAGUUCUGUUAGGGUUAGGGUUUCAGUGAGUUAGGUGUAUUGUUUAGUUUAAAUUUAGUUGGAGUUAUUAUGUGGGCAAGGCAGAUGUGUUUGAGAAAGAGUAAUCUAUUUGUGAAUAUUUUAUUAUAUUUUUAUUAGAUUAAUUAAUGAUUUUAGUUGGAGGCUUGUAGUUUAA